AUGCCGCAUUCCUCUGAAGCCGUUGACUCGCCGGCCUCGCAAUCUCAAUCUUCCUCGCCCGGCAUGCAGCCAUGGUCGCCAGAGGUGGGUCGCCAGAGCAUUCACACCCCAAUGCCGCUCAUCAUGGGAAUGCCGCACUCACUCUGUCUUUCCCUCCGUUCCACACUGAGUGGGCAGGAGGACGCGGUGCUGCUGCGCCACGCGCUGCAGUGCGGCACGAAGCAGUGGGGCGAGCUGGAGAGGAGCGGUCAGCUCAAGAGGAACAACAAGUCGUGCUGUAACCGUUACAUCUUCCUCCGAAGGAAGUUCACAGACCGCUUUCGCCAGAACUUCCUGCGAAAGCACCUGGGAGCUGCUGCACUCCUGCAGCAUAUUCCAUUGGAUGGCCACAGCCAGGCAUUGCUCUGUCAGGAUCUCAAGCAGCAGCAGUCGGAGCAUUCGGAGGGCGUGGGAGCAGCAGCCCUGGCGUUCGGAGGGCUGUCGUAUGAGUGCGUGAUGGCGUUCUUCGCCCCCCAUGCUCGCUGUUGCCUCCCUCCCGCCCCGCCCAACCUCUCAUCCCUCGUCGCCACCCCUCCCCUUGCUCCUCCUCCUGCUUCCCAAGCUCCUCCUCCUGCUUCCCAAGCUCCUCCUCCUGCUUCCCAAGCUGCCCCCUUCCCUGCGGCUGUCGCGUCUACCUCGGAGUGCCCAUUCGCCCGUGAUGUCGUCCCCGUUGCUGCUGCCUCCACCGCCGCUGCUUUGCGUCGCCCAGCGAAGCGACCACGGGGCGACUGCCCUGGCCUGACGGCAGACCAACCGGUGCUUUGGGGAAACGGGAGCUGGGUGGUGCGAGGGGGGGUGGCGUGUGGCACGGAGCGCCGGCGUCAGUCAGUGGCAGAGCAGUUCCAGCAGCAGGGGGCGAGCAGCCGCGUGCAGCAGCAGGGAGCGAGCAGCCUCGUGCAGGAGACAGAGGAAGCAGCCCUUCUGGAGGCUCUGCUGCAGGAGGAGCAUCGCCAGCAGCGGCAGGGGGGAGUGGGCAGCAGGGCGCAGCGGGUGCUGUGGCCGCGUGUUGGGUCGGAAAGUGCCCUUCCAGACGACGUGCUGCUGAAAUCUAACAAUGGGGCCCCUGCCUUCACGCAACGCGCCGCUCUAUCUGUUUCUCCGCCCUCCCAACUCUUUGCUCUGCCUGGCUCCACUCCCCGCAAUGGUGAUUCCACUGCCUGGUGUGGGGAUUCCGCUCCCUGCAUUGAGGAUUUCGCAAUGCAGCGGGUGGACUGGCCCCCCGUUGGGUCGGAGAGUGCCCUUCCAGACGAAGUGCUGCUGGGACUCUGCUGUGAGGACCCUGCUUUCAUGCAAGGCACCGCUUUCUCUGCUCCUCUGCCAACCCAGCCACUCGCACCGUUGCCAACAGCAAUGCUCCCCAAACUCGCUGCUCUGUCUGGCUCCGCUCCCUGCAUUGGGGAUGGUUCCACACUGCAGCAGGUGGAGUGGCCGCGCGUUGGAUCGGAGAGUGCCCUUCCAGACGACGUGCUGCUGGGACUAUGCUGCGAGGGCCCUGCCUCCGCACAACUUGCUGCUCUCUCUGCUCCUCCGCCCACGCAGCCACGCGCACCCGCUGCUCUUUGUGCCUCCGCUCCCGGCAGCACGAGCAGCUGCAUUUCAGCGGUGCUUGCGGGGAGUACGUGUGGCACAGAGGAGCAGGAAUACGUUGAUGCAUGCAUUGACGCGCUCUGGAACGGAAGCAACACGGACAACAACAGCAACGGCUCUGACAACAACAGCAACGGCGCUGACAACGGGGGCAUUGACAACCACAGUGACAGGGACAUGGGUGCUCUCUUUCUCAACACGCCUGUUGUUCAUGUGCUGCUGAGUGGGAGUGCCCUCACCAUGCCCUUGCCCAGUGGGCCUCAAUCUCAGGGGCCUGCACCCCCUUGUGCUGCCGGGACAGCCGUGUCAGAGUGGGCGGUGGAGCAGGGAGUGACCGGGGAGGAAGGUCGUCAGCUACACAGGCAGCAGCAGUUUCUCACCAACCCCGACACGGCCUUUACUCUGGGAGCUGAUGUCGCUGCUAUGAAUCCCAUCAAUGGUCGUCAGAUCAGCCUGGAUGUGCGAUGCUAUACUAAUCUGUUCAGAAUCAACUUGCUCAAUACUAGCGGGGAUGGGAUUAAUGGUUGA